UUUGCCUGCUCUAUAUACAGCAGCAUAUUAAUAUGCUGUACAUGUAUAGAGCCUUCAUGUACUAUCGGGUAUGCCUGAGUGCAGACACACGGUGGAUGGGACAACGUAUAGGACCCAGGCUUUCUCAUUCGUCAGUUCGCAGUCACAGAGAUCGCAUCGCUUCCCCCUAGUUGCGUGUAUUAAUAACCAGUGACCCAAUCGGGCCACGCGCGUAAUACUACUACAUGCCAUCCAAGACGGACCAGCGCUUCCUUCCUAUCAUCAUGCUACCAACCGGAGCCUAUCGGGAAUAGAUACACGGUCCAGAUCUCCUUCCGACGGAUGUGUUCUCGGUGUUUAUUAUUAUUUUUUUCGAUACCAAGUCCACGAUUCCUGAGGAAGAGAUAUUUGUACACCCACAUGUCGCCGGUAGUUCUACUGAACGGGAUUUUUCCGUAGUUUGCCAGCUCUUUUUAAACCCCUCUCCAGAUCAGUGUGAGAUGUCAGUCCAACGUCGCUGCGCGCAUGUCGUAGAUACUCGGACGAUUGUUUAUUCUUCCCUCCGAAGUUUGUGUCCGUGCACUGAACUUGGCCAUCAUCUCGUCUGCUUGGGUAGCGGACUCACCCCGGACCAGCGGCGGCUCUCUCUGACGCGCUGGGCACAAUUGGACGCCUUGGUGGUACAUCUUGUCUCCAAGUCGUGGCGAAAGUGCGGCCCAGGCCCUUGGUCUUAGCCCUCCAGCCCAUGUCAUCGCCACUUUAUAACAACUCAUGCUUCGUGCUAAUAUCCGGGACAAGAGCGAUGUUUGUGGUGCAACGGAUACUUACUACACUGUUACAUAUCAUCAUCAUCUGGUGUCUUAGCGUACAGGAAUCAGUCCAACAAGAAAACGAAAACAGCUUCGAUCAAGGGUUGCUCGGGCUGGACUUAAGUAAAUCCCAGCCGAAUACCCUGCAGUUAUACAGCCGAGCGAGUUCCAAAAACAUACGAAUCAUGGGGAGAACCAUCGACGCCAAUGGGAGCGUUUGGGACGAGGAUGCAAGACUUAUAAUCCGGUCGGAUUCACUGGACGGCCGGAUAACAAUUCAAGGGGAACACACGGGAUAUUUCUUGUGCAUCAACAAAAAGGGACUCGUUGUAGGACGGAAGAUCAAGAGAGAAGGCAGUGUAUCGUGUGUUUUUACGGAAACCAUAAGGAACACCUACACGGAGUUGAGACUGGUCCAGAAAACCGAGAUGUACCUGGGAUUCAAUAAGGACGGACAAGCCAUUCCGGCUCACCGGACUCGGCCGGGCGUCAAGUCCGUACAGUUCUUGAAACGGCCCCUACCCGAGGACAAUCCCGCCGAUGAUACCUCCAUGAGCUCGGCAAACAGUUAUAGCUUCUACGAGUUGAUUCGGCAACUGGCGACGAAUGUGGACGCCACAAGGAACGAGGACACAGCCAGCUGAUGAAUAAUUCAUGUUUUUACCACGUCGCACGCAUCAAUCGUCCGCCUUGCCACGGACCAAUAUUCUCCCCUUCCUCCUCCCUCAAGAACUAGCUUAUGUAAGUUUAUGUAUAUAAAGUGUAACGAUAUUUUUAUAUGAAGAUUGGUAAUUUAUAUCAUUGUAAAUUAAUAUUGUACCAAAUGACUUCGAAGAAGUAUUUAUUUAUUACGCUGGCUUGGUGACGAAAAAACACGUGGCGACACCGCAUUGGACGAAGUGGGACCAUAUAAUUAUGCUUGUGAGAACGGCCUGUUGAGCAUGCGUGAUGACAUCUUGUUGUGCACAGCGACGCACUCGUGUCACGGAGUUCAUACCACGCAAACCGAAGCACCCGUAGUACACUUCUUGAGUCUUCUGUUCGUGAAAUAAUGCUAGGACUUCCAUCUUCCGCAACACUGCCAAACCACGGAUAGCAAGGCAUGCAUGGCCAGCACAACAAAGGACAUGGCCGCCGCAACAUUGUGGAUCAUUCCAACUAUACACAUGUGUACUCGGAACGUUCAUAGGACUGUGGAUUAUGGGUUACAAGCUGCUUAAACUGGUACCCACGCUAAAAGGCUCGCUUGAUUGGACUGCAGACGACCCUGGUUACCAUUCAUAAAAGGCCAGUUAAUUGACACUCCAUUUUUGUCACCAUUAACAGGCAAAAAUCUUUGAAAUGUGACCAAAGGAGGGCCAACUGCAUAAAUGCGAAAGAGUUUCUUCACAUAUAUACAUUCAUAACUGGUUAGACUGGUACCUCGCCUAUCUCUCCAUAGUACCUUCCCUUUACCUUCUGGUAACUAAACCAAGAUGGCCGCGAAUCAUAAGCCUGUUCUCUGUUUGGUAACGAAAUGGGGUUCAGUCAACUGGUCUUUUGGAGUAGCCAGGUGAUAUAGCACAGGUGCAGCCACGUAUAUCACGUGACUGAAAAGCCGGUCAUUCUUUUAUUCCUACUGAAACAUGAUAUGGUAUAUUAUCUACUCUUGUUAUAUUAAGCUGUAUAUGAAUGUGUCGUUGAUUAUCAUCCUUAGGGUAUAAUCUACAUCUGAAAAAAGAUAAAUGUGCUCAAUUUUUGUAUCCCAAAUAAUGUGUAAAUUCGAAAUUUUAUUACUGAUUAUUUGGGGUGAAAGAAGUGACAUAUUGAAUUCAUACCUAAGCUUCUAGGCUCAAGGCGUAACGAAUUUCGAGAUAAGUGUUUUUUGGUAAAAAUAUGAUCUAACCAGUGGUGGUGCAUUUUCAUUCAAUGUUGUAAAGUCUGAAGACGAAACAGAUAUAAAUACAAUGUGUGUGCGUAUGCUUCUUUAAAAAAAAAUCAGUACAAUGUAUCUAUAUUUACCAUAUUUACAACAAUUUAAUAAGCGAACAAAUUCAGCAUUUUGAGCACACUUGGUCAAUGUGAAAAUCGCGUGUACGAUAGAUUCGUAUUUUUACUGCGUAAAUGAUGAAGGCGUUUGGGGCGCCAUUCCGGUUCAUGUUUACAUACAGACGGAUGUGGAUUGGUUUAAAUUGCAUUAGAAACUGCUCGUUGUUGCGGGUAUAAAGAAGAGCAUUAAAAAAACAGGUAUCUCAUAAUACAUUCUUUCCAUUAAAUAUAGACACUAUAAUUGGUAUUUAAGGUCAUUUAAAAAAAACAAAAAAAAAAAACGAUCAGUGGAGUGCCGUUGCAUUUCUUAAUCCUGCAUUUUGAUCCCCCUGUUUGUAUCCCCAUGUCAACACGUAUUUCAACUACAGGUACUCAUUCCACAGAUUUGAACGUACGAUUGCGGACAUUCAGUUGAAGUCCUAACUUGUAGGCCCCUAACCGUUGCUAGGCCGAUGUUUGGCAUUGAUACUUGUUGGACGAGGAUGUGUACAAAGGUCAUAUGUCACGAACGUCCGGGGUCUAUGUAACAUUGUCAGUGAUUGGUUCAUUCGGAAUCGGGCUUUGGAAAAAAAACUUGGCUUGCAAGAAACUCAAAUCACUCGCUAUAUAUCUGAGAACACCAUUGGGUUCUUUGUACGGCUGUAAUGCACAAAUAAAGCCUGUGAAUUCAAAAUGGCAGACAAAAUUUGAAGGAAAAACAAGACGGGCGUGUCUGUAACUAUGUCACAUUUCUGCGAUUUAUCUUGGUUAAUCAUGGGCUUACAUUGCUUUGAGCUUCACACACCUGCAAGUCUUUUCACGACAACAUCUUUUCUACAGAUAGCCUACGUACUUUUAUCGGACAGCUGGGAAUUUUUGCACUAAGACGGGAGUAAAUCUACGCAAAGAAACACAAACUUCGUUGUCGGUGCAAAAGCACAUUGUCACAUCGGUCAACUUUUCGGAAUAGAAGAGUUUGCGUAGUACAAGGAAUCGUAAUAUGAAGAAUGAAAUAUACUUAGCUUUGAAAUUAAUGCAUUUGGGCUAUAUUGUCCCGAAGGAUGACGACCUUAUCUUGCAAUCGGUCUAAAGUAUUUGGUCUUAAUUUUAGGCCAACUAGCUAUAUUUGUGGAAUUGUCUGUGCAGUUCUGUUGUAAUGGGGUGAGGUCCACAGUUGCCAACCGUGACUGCACCGUUGACAACCUGCAUCCGCGUCAGGUUCGUGAGCAUGAGCCGACGAGUAGUCAAUGCAUGGCCGACGGGGGGAAAAGAAGUAAGGGGCCACUAUUCCCACCGGACGUACCCCUAUUUCCGAGAUCCCGGUCGGUUGUGAGUUCAUGACCUGAAACAUUGCUUUUGCACUGACCCCCCUAAGGUACAGCCAAGUCCUGAUUCCAAUCAACGUGCUCCUCGGUCUUCCGUAUUCCGGAGUUCAGACCUGAUACUUUUUGAUUGAUCUAGGGGAGGAUGCGGUGUUUUUUUUGGCCACAAAACAUCUGCCAUCCUGACGGUGAUUCAUUCAAAUUUAGACAUUUUACAAUGUGCCCCUCAAAUAAUUCUCGCAUUUAUCGAUUAACACGCGAGUUUAACUUGCAGUAAAUUCUCAACAAAAUCAUCGCAAGUCAAUCAUAAGUCAUUCAGUCUCAGGUCCAGUAACAAGCUUUUCAAUUGAAGUGUAAUUAAGUGUUUUUGCACCGUUUUUCCCCCGCCUCCCCCCCCUUCCCCCCGUUUCUGUCCCAUGAUGUCUGAUUUGACCUAUGAUCGACUUCGAAGUCGAACCAGUCACUCUCUCAAAAGUGUAGGCCUCGUGUUCUGUCGUGACAAAUUAACGAAAUGAAAUUUAAAGUUUUAUUUAUAAUGUCCUACCUGCUUGACGAGAUACCCUUGUUGCGAAUUGGGCAUUACGUCACCGGUACCGUCACCUACCACUCUGAUCCGAAAUGUCUUACCCUUUAGAAUACGUGCCGUACGUGGCAGAAUUAUACUUUGUGCAAUAAAACCACGUUUAGUCAGCAAGACCAGGACAUCAACUAUGGAGAAAACAAAUUGUUGCAGGAUUCUAUUAAGUAAACAUUGUGUUUCCUGUAUAUACAUUUAAAGAAUACAUAUACAAGGUUUGAUUCAAGCCAUUGUGUGUUGGGUCUACGCAUGACUGAUACGACAUGAAUGGAGGGUUUCCACACGUCGUCACGUAAAUGGUAGACUACAACAUGUUUUUUGUCCGCUUUGAUAUAGUCCAUGACAUGUUGUACGCCAGACGGAGCGAAUGGUAACAGAGACGAAAGUGUCGGUGCCAUUUGCCCCCCAUUGGUAACAAAAUCCAUGGACCACAUCAUAACAGACAGCUCUUACUUAUGCUUAAUGGAAACAGUGUGUCUAUUAGAAGUAAGUUGAUUGAUUAAGGCAAAUGAUGACAUCCCUCAAGCACAUUGUUAUCCCGAUGUGAACAGCUAGCUCCCAGUUCGUGACAUUUCUCAAUCUAGUACCAUGUAUCAGUUUAACGAUAAGGAACCAUCAUAAAGCCAUGCUUUCAGAUGUGUGCUACUCAAGCUGGACACAAAAUGUACAUGUUUAUGGUAGCUGGCCAAUAGCAUUGCUGGUAAGAAAUCCAACAAACACAAGUCGUGUAUAAUACAGCCCUUGAUUGGUCAUAAGGUGGUUAGCGGUUAGAAGUGAGUUGCAACACUAGAAAUGUGAGUGGCUGUUGUUUGAUAUCACAGAGUAACUGCUCACAGAACUCAUAAUCAUUGAGUAAAAAGGUACCAUCAAACUGGAGUAAUUUGAUUCAGUAUUUUAAUUUUUGUCGGAAACAAAAACACAAAUUUUGGUGUUCACUUUAACAAAAAAUUGAAACCAGACGGUUUCUUGUAAAAAAGUUCGUUGCAUAAAGGCUAUUUGGCACUGACAAGCCAAAAUUUCUUCCUUGACCACUGCCGGGCCAUGAAAAAAGGGUAUCCUUUUUGCAAAAAACAAAACGGACCCACUUUUUGCAAUGAAUUUCCAGUUGUCAUUUUCAUGAAUUAAAACAGAUGAUUUUCGGGUGUGUCCAGGAUAUGACGAGUCGUUUUCGUGGCCUGGCGGGGCAGAGUGUUUUGUAAUAGCCAAAUCAAUCAAAUGUGUAAUGUUGGUAUAAAUGUUUUAAUAACAGUGUUUUGAAAUUGACAUGCCGCGGGACCAAUGUUGUUGCUGUUUGGUAUAUAGGUAAUUCCAAAAUCUUGGGGAAAAAACAUAAAGCAGUCAAAAUAAUCAAUUGAAGCUAUUAUGAUCAACAUUGUUUCAAUAUAAUUAUUUUAAACAAAUAGUUGGUGGGUGGUUAUACGCCGAUGGUGCUGAAUAAAAUAUGAAAACAAACAAAAAACCUGUCAAUUUAAAAGCAAAACGAA